AUGAUGGAUGUUAUAGUAAUCGGCUGCGGUGCGGCCGGGUUAGCCGCGAUGCGGAAACUCCACGACGCUGGUCUCAAAGUCUUAGGGUUAGAAGCAGCUGAUAGAAUCGGAGGGAGAGUGUGUUCUGUGGAAUUCGGUGACAAGUUCAUCGACAUUGGUGCGGCAUGGUGCCAUGGUGACCAAGACAACGAAGUAUUUGAGCUGGCAAAUCCACUAGGCCUCCUCGGUAGAUCCGAACCUCUGAAUACGUUUUAUUUGCUCUCUGACGGGGAACUCGUAGCAGCAGACAAAGCUGAACAAAUUCUGACCGCAUUAGAUGAUGAGGUGGCAAAGGCAGACAAAUAUAACUCUCGGACAAUAUCUGAAUGCGUGAGACAGGCAGAACACACAAACGAAAUACUUAAAAAGGAUCCGAAAUUGUCGCGGUCCUUCGUGGAAUUUUAUGAAAGAGACAAUCAUUUGGGCGGACAGGACGAUCCCAAAAAAGGCAAGUCGUUAAGAGGAGUCAUAGAAUGGUGGAACAGUUACAAAGAUGUCAUGCUCAACUGGAAGGGAAAAGGAUUCAAGACUAUAUUAGAAAUCCUAAUGAACAAAUACCCAGAUCCGACCAAAGAGAUUCCACUGCAGAUCCAUCUAAAUAAAGAAGUAGAUAAUAUUAGGUGGGACACGAUCCACCGUGGGCUGGACAACCCGCUGGUGCAGGUCAGCUGUAAGGAUGGAAGUUUGUAUGCAGCCAAGAGUGUUAUUGUUACAUUGUCUGUUGGGGUUCUAAAAGAAAGAUAUGCAAAUCUCUUCAACCCACCAUUACCAGUAGAGAAAGUGAAAUCGAUACAAAACCUAGAAAUGUGUAUUUUGGACAAAAUAUAUAUUGAAUUCGAAAAACCCUGGUGGCCUAAAUCUCCAGCCAAUUUCCCAUUACUGUGGCGAGACGAAGAUAAGGCCAAAUUCUCAGCAGGAGAGAAAUGGGUAACAGAAAUAUUCGGCUUGCUCUCAGUUGAUUAUCACCCUAAUGUACUAUUGGCCUGGAUCUAUGGCAAUGGCGCUGUACUCAUGGAGAAAGUGAGCGAGGAAGAAGUGAAAGCAGGCGUUCAGAAGUUGAUCGAUACGGUUUUGAAAAAGCAGUUUGAUGUCGCCCCGAUUAAGAAGAUUAUAAGGACACAGUGGGCACAGAAUCCUUUAACACGCGGCACCUACGCUCACAGAACAGCGCUUUUAGAAGAGAACGGCGGUUCUGCUCUCAUUCUAUCAGAGCCAUUGUACCGCAGCAACAGGUUCCCUGUUGUUUGUUUCGCGGGAGAAGCUACUUCUCAUCACAAGCACUCGGCCGUCCACGGAGCCAUUGAAUCUGGAUUCAGGGAAGCUGAGAGACUGAUUGAGAGUUUUCAGAAAUUGUAA